AUGAAUAACUCUAUAAUAUUGAUUGGCUAAAUUUCAAGUGGAAAGACAACAUUAUUUAAUAAAAUUUGCCGAGAGUAUUAGUUAGUAAUAUCUGGAGGUUAUUAAGUGACUAAGUAAUAAAGAGUUUUUAAUUAAUAUUAGAUAUCCCUGCAUCAAAUAAUCAGUAUAUGGUUACGGUUUUAAAGUUAUUGAUACACCUCCCAUAGGUUCAUCAAGUGAAAAAAUAAGGAAUGCAUAAGGAAUUAAAAAUGCUUUAUGUGAAGGACCUCUAAAUCAAAUUAUAUUGGUUGUUAAAUGGGAAAGAUCAGAUAUUAUGAAGAAUUUUAUAAAAAAAAUGGUAAUAUAUUUUAGAAAAUAUCGUAAAAUAAUUACAGUUGCUGUAACUCAUUGGGAAUUUGCUUCUGAAGACUUAUCUAAUCCUAAUUAAGACAAACUGAAAAUAAUAUAAAAUUAAUUUUCAAAUGAUAUAAAAGUUUUUGGAAUUUAUUCAGUUAUUUACAUAUCUAGGAAUGACAGUCCAGAAAGUAUUUGCACUAAUAUAGAUAAUAUUUUAUAAAAAAGUGGAUCAAAAGAAUUUGUAGAUAUUGAUAUAAUCGAGCAAUUUGAUCUUAUUGAAAUUCCAGAUCAGUAUGAAUUUGAAUUAGAAAUUUCAAAAGGAGAAAUCGAAUAGCAAUUAAAAUAAUAUUACAAAUAUGCUAUUGAUUUAAUCCUAAAAUUAGAUAGCUAAAAAGAAAAUACACCAGUUAUCUUAUUUUAUCUAAUGCUAUUUCUAAAAGAACAAGUCGAAGUAUCUUUAGUUAAAUUCUAAGGAGAAAACAAAUAAAUUUUCAAGGAAUUAGAAAGAAUAUAUAAUGAUCGUUAUCCAGAAUAAUAAAUUAUUUUUGAUUUCAAAAAGACUUUAAUGAAUGUGGUUGAUCAGAUGGCUGAUUAAAUCUCAAAAAAGUUUGAACAAUCUCCAAAUCAAUUGUUUAAUUCAAUAAAAGCCUGCCCAAACUGUCAUAAAAUAUGGCUGAAAGAAACAAACUGUGAAGAGGAACUCAAAUGUGGAGAUUUUUCUCUAAAAGGUGACUAACUUCUAAAUUAAAUCUAUUCUAAAAGAUAUGGAUUUAAGUUAAGCAGGAAUCAUGUUUUAGAAGUAUUAGAAUAUGAAUAAUUUUAUUCUCCUAACCUCUAAACAAAAGCAUACAAUAAACUUCGAGAAAAUGGAAAAAUGGGAUGUGGCUUUAAACUAAUUUGGAAGGAGUUACCAAAAUUAUCUGACAUUUAACUUUAUGCAUUAAUUGAUCCUGGUUUUUUAGAAUUAUUUUUCUAAGAAGAUAAAUAUAUUCUUGAUAAAUAGAUUUAAUUUAAUAAAUAAUUAUUGUAACGUUCCUCAAAAUAAUUAGAAUCAAUGAGAGUAAUUAAAUUAAAUUGA